AUGAUGGAUAGCCACCAUUGGUCCUCUGGCCGCAGCCACAGGUUGUCACCACCUGGCAACGGACUCCCCAGCCCACACGCCCCUUCUGCAUCUGCGAUUCCUGUCGGCGGCGCUCUUUGUUCGGCUUUCGCUGUCGCCGCCGCCGCUGCUGCUGAUGAUGAUGAUGAUGCUGCUGCUGCUGCAAUGGCUACCGGUUGGUUGCCUUGUGGUUUGGGUUUCUGGUGCGGUGCGUGCUGCAGCCUGGCUUGGGCCUUCAACCACACUUGUUCGCCUUUCUUCGCCUUCAUUGCCAGGGAAGUGCAGGCCAAGCAGCUGCAGCACUGCAGCACUUGCGUCCAGGGCGCGCGACCUUGGUUUGACGUAUCCGUUCAAGAUAAUCGCAACAGCUCUGCCAGCCUUGAUUUGCCAAAAGUCACUAGCCGGACCGUCGACCGCUUUGCCUACCCGCAAAGUUCCACACUUGCUUUCGCAUCCCUUCCGCUUCUAGCAGUACCUGCUGCUCGCGAUUUCGACCAGGCCUCCGACAUGAGCCGAGACAACUUAGCUGUUGUAGCGGCUCGGAGUGUCCCUGCGACGACUGUGACACGAUCUCAAGCCCUCCCCACCCCUCCCAACUCCAUAUCUCCCGCCCUGCCGCCUCACGGCCUCAAGGCCCAGCUUCAGAAGGCCAAGCUCGAGCCUAUUGACUCCGACCUUGACCUGCACGACGAGCAGGCCCGGCGACAAGCCUCGCGCUCGCCCUCCCACGACACGACAGGCACCAUCAGCACCUCGCUGCUGGCCAAGCACCAUCUCCCCGAGAUCCUCCUCAACCACGGCCCCUUGGCCAUCCGCCACAUCAUGGGCUACCUGACAACGUCGGUACCGGGUUUCGCAGGAAUCCCCCCGACGAAGGCUCGUCGUCUAGUGGUUGGAGCGUUGGAGGGCCGCGGAGGCGAGGGUGGCGGUGUCGACGGCGACGUGGAGUUUGAGAAGGUGGGCUGGGGGCGAUGGGACGCCCGACGACGCGGACAGCCUUCGCGGAGCUCGCCUCCUGCAGACUACCGCUCCGGCAUCCCUAUUAGCAAGAACGGCGGACGCGGCACCGACAGGUCCCGUCUGAACGCUGCCUCUUCCAGCAACGGAGACGAGUCGUUCGUCUUCUCCCACGACGACCGCGACGUCAUGAUGAUGGAAUGCGAAGCGGACAAGAUGUCCCUGGAUGGCUCAGCGUCCGCAUCGUGCUCCGAGGCUCCGGACGACGGCGACAUCAUGAACGAUGACCCUGAGGACGCUACCGAUGACGAGGACUGGGCUGCUGUGGGAGCUGCCGCUCUCCGCGCCGAGUCCUACAACGCUGCCGCUCAUUCGGCCGGACGCAGCUUCCUCUCCAACGGUGUAUAUACUUCUGGAGGACUGCGAUCCGUCGCAACCGGCAUGGCUCGUACGCACCAACCUCUGCCCUUCGACUUCUCGGCGCUGGGGGCCACGUCUGACGCGCAAGAGCGUGAGGCGGUGGAGGCUCUCCUGCGACUGGGUUCUGUAUAA